AGAAUGUAAACAAAGCAGCCAGGUGGCAACGCUGCAACGACGUACCCUUUAGAUAAAGUACAUAAAUAAUUGGCAAUUCCCGUUUGUUUAAGUUAUCAAUAAUAAUAAUAGGCAAUUGGUGAGCGCAAGCAGAAUGGCUGAUCGGGCUAUCAAGCUGUUGGUGAUCGGUGAGAGCGGUGUGGGCAAGUCCAGUUUAAUCCGUCGCUUUGUGGAGAACAAGUUCGACGAUAACCAUGACGUCACGAUCGGCAUGGACUUCAAGAGCAAGGUGAUGAACGUGGACGGGAUCGACUACAAGGUGGCCCUCUGGGACACGGCUGGAGCGGAAAGAUUCCGCAGUCUAACGCCCAGCUUCUACAGAAAGGCCUUGGGCGCCAUCCUGGUCUACGACAUCACGAACAGGGACUCCCUGGUGAAGCUGGAGGCCUGGUUGGCCGAAUUGGACAGCUACAGCGACAAUCCGAACAUAGCCAUCAUUGUGGUGGGCAACAAGAUCGACCAGGAGCGACUGGUGGACCGUGAGGAGGGGCGAAAGUUCGCCCGGAAACACAGGGCCCUCUUCAUCGAGACCUCGGCCAAGUGCGAUCAGUUCGUUAGCGAUGUGUUCAAGGAUAUUGUGGAGAAGAUUGUCUCCUCCGAGUACUUCAAUAAUGGCAAUGGCUCCGCCGGUCUGGACAUCGCCAGCGAUCGGAAUCUAGAGGAAAGCGCUUCCACGUGUUACUGUUGAUAUACGGAUACGGAUUUUCUGCGUGCUUUUGUCAAAUUUAUAUCUUGUAUUUAUUUAAUCGUUUCAAUAUCACUAGCAUAAAGUCAACCUCAACGUUCAA